AUGCUGCCCCGGACGGCUCGGGACCUGCCCCAAGGCCGGCGCCUGGCGGCCCUGCUCCUGGCAGUGCUGGCGUGGGUGCCCGGUGGGGCACCCACCUGCCCCGCUCUCUGCACCUGCUACGUCUCGCCGCCCACCGUCAGCUGCCAGGCCAACAACUUCUCCGCGGUGCCCGCGGGGCUGCCGCCCGGUGCCCGCCGCCUCUUCCUGCAGAACAACGUCAUCAGGGCGCUGCGGGCCGGCACCUUCGGGCCCAGCACCGUCACCCUCUGGCUCUACUCCAACAACAUCUCCUCCAUCCAGCCGGGCACCUUCCGCCACCUGCCUGCCCUCGAGGAGCUCGACCUGGGCGACAACCCCCACCUACGGGCCCUGGCGCCCGACACCUUCCACGGCCUCCGGCGCCUCCAGGCCCUGCACCUCUACCGGUGCCAGCUGGCCAGCCUGCCCAGCGCCAUCUUCCGUGGCCUCCACAGCCUCCAGUACCUGUACCUGCAGGAGAAUGGGCUGCUCUACCUCCAGGACGACCUCUUUGCCGACCUGGCCAACCUGAGCCACCUCUUCCUCCACGGGAACCGGGUGCGGGCGCUGUCGGAGGGCGUCUUCCGCGGGCUGGCGAGCCUGGACCGCCUGCUGCUGCACGCCAACCGCCUGGCCGUGGUGCACCGGCGCGCCUUCCGCGGCCUGGCCCGCCUCACCAUCCUCUACCUGUUCAACAACAGCCUGGCGGCGCUGCCGGGGGACCCGCUGGCCGCCCUGCCCGCCCUCCAGUUCCUCCGCCUCAACGCCAACCCCUGGGCCUGCGACUGCCGCGCGCGCCCGCUCUGGGCCUGGUUCCGCCGCACCCGCGUCUCCAGCUCGCCCGUGCUCUGCGCCAGCCCCCCGCGCCGCCGCGGCACCGACCUGCGGCACCUGCGCCCCGCCGACUUCGACGGCUGCCCCCCGCCCCGCGCCAACGACGAGGACGAGGAGGAGGAGGAGGCGGGCGAUGGCGCCGCCGCCGAGGAUGGGGGCCCCCCCGGGGCGGCCCCGGGGCGCCCCGGCACCCUGCCCGCUGCGCCGCCCUCCGCUUUCUACCGCGACCUGCCUCCCCACGACCUGCGCGGCCCCCAGGCCCGGCCGCACCCCAGCGACUACUGGGGGGGCUACGGGGCCGAAGGCCGCACGCCUCCCGAGGCGGCCGGGCGCUGCCCGGGGGCCCCCUGCGCCCCGCUGCCCUCGCCCGCCCCCGCCGGCCCCCGUCCCGCUGCCCUCCUGCCCCUGCUGCUGCCCCUGCUGCUGCCGCAGCUCUGA